AGUUUUUUUCGCUACAAACAGCACGUGAGCGCCGGCAGGCCGCGUGGGAAGCGCGCACUACAAUUCCCGGCGUGCCACGCGGCGCGGCCCGGAAGGAACCGUCAGCAGUCGGAGUUGGCCGGUGCUGCGGCAGCCGGUGAGCAGCGAUGGCCGGGCAGAUGGCGGUGCUGGGUUCGGCAAUUCUGGCUCUUCUGCUAGCUGGCUACCUAGCUCAACAGUAUUUACCGAUGCCCACACCAAAAGUAAUUGGGAUUGAUCUUGGCACAACUUACUGCUCUGUCGGUGUCUUUCUUCCUGGAACAGGGCAGGUGAAGGUUAUUGCAGAUGAAAACGGGCACAACAGCAUUCCAAGUAUAGUGUCUUUCACAGACAGAGAUGUAUACGUCGGAUAUGAUGGCCUAGAACUUGCUGAUGCAAAUCCUCAGAAUACUAUAUAUGAUGCAAAAAGAUUCAUUGGGAAAAUCUUCACUUCAGAAGAACUGAAGAGUGAAAGUAGCAGGUAUCCAUUUAAGAUUUUCAACAACAAUGGAUCAGCUGAAUUUUCUGUGACAACUAAUGAAACCUUUCGUGUCACUCCGGAACAUAUUGGCUCUCAGCUGCUACUGAAAUUGAAGAGAAUGGCAGAAGACCAUCUUGGUGUGCCCAUUUCGAAGGCAGUCAUCUCUGUGCCAGCAGAGUUUGAUGAAAGGCAACGGAAUGCCACUGUUAAGGCUGCUAACCUUGCAGGGCUAGAAAUCCUGCGAGUAAUCAAUGAACCCACAGCUGCGGCUAUGGCUUAUGGACUCCACAAAGCUGAUGUGUUUAAUGUCCUGGUGGUAGAUUUGGGUGGAGGAACUUUGGAUGUGUCUCUGCUGAACAAGCAGGGAGGGAUGUUCCUCACACGAGCCAUGGCAGGUAACAACAAACUUGGAGGACAAGAUUUUAAUCAGAGGUUGAUGCAGCAUUUAUACAAUCAACUCAAUCAAGUAUAUGGUUCUCUGCCAUCAAGAAAAGAAGAAAUACAUCGGCUCAGACAGGCUGUGGAAGCAGUUAAGUUAAAUUUGACUAUUCAUGAGGCAUCUACAUUAAGGGUGUUGUUGACCAUGCCAGAAAGGAAGCUUACAAAAGAACUGCCUGCCAGUGAGGUAAUGCCAAAUACUGUUCCUAACAGCAAGUCUUCACAGAAAACAAAAGACUUGAAAAAUCUUGGAGAUGCUUCAGGUGGAGAAAACAACUUUGUCAAAGUUGUGUUUGAAAGAGAAAUUUCUAGGAAACUAUUUGAAAUGUUGAAUGAAGACCUUUUUAAGAAAAUCCUUGUUCCCAUUGAACAGGUGUUGAAGGAAGGCCACCUACACGAAGAGGAAGUGGAUGAAAUUGUGUUAGUUGGGGGCUCCACUCGGAUUCCUAAAAUACGUGAAGUUAUUCGGGAUUUCUUUGGAAAGGAACCCAAUACCUCUGUAGACCCUGAUCUAGCAGUUGUAAUGGGUGUAGCUAUCCAAGCAGGAAUUGUUGGUGGGUCCUGGCCUCUCCAAGUAAGCGCAAUAGAAAUUCCCAAUAAGCAUUUACGAAAGACUAAUUUUAGUUAAAGAUAAACUCUUUCCCAUUGCAUCCCAUCUCUCCAAAAGCAUACUCAGAUGGUGCAUACUUAUCUGACUGUCAGUGGAGCCUAACCUUAGCCAUAUAAUAUUAUUAUUUUUUUUUUGUUGGUAAUCUGUUUGGGUUAAAUGUUAUCUUAAAGGUACAAGUGAUUUUUAAAGCUCUGGAGUUGUCUUUGAAGUUGUAUUUGCCUCUAGAUUGGAUACGGAAUGAAAAUCCUGAAGAUGACACACUCAUAUUCUUUUGCUAAAUUUUAUUAGCAAAUCUGGAAGAGGUGUUUGUUUAAAAAUUAAAGAGAGUGUGACCAAAGUUUAGAAAUAAUACAGCAUUGUAGUAUGGAUGUUCCUGUGUCAAGUAUACUUUAUUUGGAAGAAUGUGAAGCAGUGUUAAUGCACGUGUACUAGCAGUGUUGAGCUAAAAUUUAUUUAUUAAAAUGAAUCAUUUGAGCAUUUAAAAACCUUUCUAAAAGGCAUACUGCAGCUUGAAUGAGAUUUAUACAUCCACUUGAAUCUUCUGCUGUUCAUAACAGCAUACUAGUUUUACGAAGACCACUUGGCAAAUUACUGUCUCAUGUUUGAGUCAAAACAUAUUAAGAAAUUUAGCUCUUGGUGAUGUGGAGUUGCUUAGCGUGUCUGCAAUGACUAAAUUCCUGAAACAUUCUGGAUGGUUAACGUAUAGGUGCUGCUGUCUUACACUUAAGAACAAGUGCAUAUCACCAACUGUUUAUACCUCUCUCCACAUUAUUUGAAAACCUUAUUAAUUUUAUGUAUCUUGAAGCUACAUGUGUAUAUUUUCCCUUGAAUUAAAUUGUUGCACAAUUACAAGCAUAUGACAUGUUCCCCCCUCCACCCCCCCCAGAUCUACUGUUUUCAGGGGAAGAAAUGUGGGACCAAAUGAACUGCUUAGAUGAAAUCUAGUUCCUCUCGUUGAUGAAAAGUCAUCCAGCUUUGUCUUUACAUUUUAGUAGUAUCUGUGCUUUAAGUUGUGUCAUAUUCCUACUCUAAGCUCAGCAUAGGUAAGAGAUGGUAGCUGUUCAUUCAAGAAGGAAGCAGUGCCUGUAACUAAGGAUUAGAGGUAAAGUUUCUUCAGUCUUUAUUUUAGGCAAAUACUUUGCCACUCAUCUAUCUAGCAAAUGAAAGAGGAGAAAAGGAUGAUAAAAUUGAAAAAAAUAAUUGUGAAGCUCAGCUUUUUUUUUUUUUUUGGGAAAGUUAAAACAUUACUUAAUGGGCCAAGGAAUUUUCUAUCUGUUUAGAACUCUCCAGUGAAGGCAUUAAACUAAGGAUUGUCUAUCAUCCAUCAGCACAGCAUCAGGUAAGCUUUAGUAAUAGGUAAUUUUAAGCAUUUUCUUGUAUGCUCCAAAAAAUAACUUUGAUAAGCAUGCCAAGACAUCAAGUGUGGGCUUAGAUCUAUGGUUUAACCUCUGACCACAUUAAAAUAGGCCUGUUAUUCUCCUGGCAUAAAUCAGAUCUAUGACACUGCCUUCCCAAUUCUGCUGAUGAAGCUGUUUGCAUAACUGUGGUCUAAACAUACCUUUGAAGUAAUCCUAUUAAAAACCUCUUGAAUUUUAGUUUUGUCUUUACAUCUGUAUGGGAAUUCUCAUAAAAUCUGAUAAUGUAUUAAAAUAAAAUAUUGCAUGUUUAUAAAAGUGAGUGAGGUAAGGGACUAAGGUGAAUAGAACUAAAACUUCUGAGUUGAAAGAAGUCUUUUUAGUGAAGUCGAUGCCAAUAUGCAGUACAGUUCUCAUAUGCAGUUGCCUUGCAGAUAUAUUUGUGUACAUUCAGUAUAUUUUUUUCCAGAGUAUUUGGAGUCAUUGUGGCCUUUCUGCUGCCCUGCUGCAAAUUCAUUUCAAAAUAUAGUGGAAUUCUUGUUGGACUUAGGUUGUUUUUUGUUUGUUUAAUGCAGGUCUGCUUAUUUUACACAGUGCAAUAAAAUAGAUUAAAAUAAAACCACAUUGCAGUUGAGCUAAACUGUUAAAAGCUUUUUGCAGUUUUGGGAAAAGUUAGGCAGAAGUGAAGGUGUAACUUUAAACUGUUUAAACAAUGCAAACAAAAAAAGUACUUUAGCAUAUUCCUUCAGUCUGGAAGAGAUUAAAAAUAAAACCUCUAUUUUUAAUCUGGGAGUUGUAAGGAUAGGGUGAGUUGUUUAUUAAGAAAAAUAAUUUUAAAAAAAAAUCACAAAAGGGUAUUUAUUCUUUUAGUUUUCUAUGCAGAUUGAAGUCAAAAAGUACAUCAGAUAUCUCCCAAUGCAUCCUUAUUUAUUAAUUUUUCUGAAUUCUGCAAUCAAGUUAUCUAUUUUAUCUUUGAUCUUACUACUGUAUUUUGGCACAAACCAUCAUAUUUGAAAGAUGAGUGGGACGCUGCACUAAGUGGACAUUUCUAGGUAUGCAGAUGUACUGCUUAUUAGAAGUCUUUGUUUAAAUAAAUUGAUAUUCAAAGGCUGAAAUCUUUCUACAACCUCUCCUGGAAAUCUUGAGUACAGUUACCUGUGGUGUUAAGUGUAUGAGAAAUUUAUACAGUUAAAGCUUGUGUUGCGAGUUGAAAUUCGGAAUAUCUAAGCUGCCUCACCAGCAGUAUGUUCUUGAAUUGUUUCCAAUGCAGAUGAUGAAAUGCAUUUUAUAAAUAACCUUUUAGAAUGUUUUUAAUAAAAGCAAUUUCUUUCCUUUGGA